UGUUUUUUUUUCUAGAUGCAAUCUGUUUUUUUUCAGCGCCCAACUUUUAUGGAUGGGGGCUAUCCUUUUUUAUGGAACCGUGGUUAUUUUUUUUUUAACCAAUGUUGAAAGUGAGGAAGGAGGACUACAAAUCUAACGUUUCAUCUAAUUGAUAUGGCCGCUCAGAUUUUUGUUUUUUCUAGGAAAUAGAGAGAGUCCCAAGGGAUCAAGACUUCCAUACGUGGUAGUUUGAGACAACAUGUCAUAUAUAUCAUCUGAUGGCUACGGAUAGAUUAUAUGUUAAUCCAACAGUCAAAAUUCUUUAAUUCUAAGGAUUAACCUGGUGCCUCGUAUGGUGCAGUGGCAGUUGUAUAUUCUCAUUAUACUAUAAGCACCAUAGAUUAUUCUAAUUAUAAGAUCUUGUCUAUACCAAAAAAAAAAAUUCUCUUAUGAUUAACAUGUAUGGGAAAAUUUUAAUAUUUUCUAUCCAUACUAUACAUAUGUAUAUCACAUAGACAAUCAUGUUUAUAUGAGAGGGACAGUAGUGAUUGUAGAAAAACUGUACUGUUUAUAUGAGAUCCUUGUGGCACAUGAUACAAUGCAAUUCUUUUUUAAUAAUUCAGCGAUUUAUAUGUAUAUAAUGAUGUUUUAAUAGCUAUUGUCUUUCUCUUUUUAUUAGGAUAAAAGAUACAUGUACAUGCUUACUAUUUAUGACAAUCUACACCUCCAAAGAAUCAUGUUAAUACUUUUUAUACAGGAUUAAGUGGCCAUGUACAGAAGUCGAGGGGGAUAUUUUCCUUUUUUUUUUUGAGGAUGAGAUGUCGUUCCUUUCUUACGUUUGAUCUGUUUCUUUUUUCUUUCCAUCGGUGGAGUUUUUAUGGAAAGAAGCUAUCCAUUUUCAUAUAAGGAACCAUCUAUAUGAGGAUGAUUUCCUACUUUCCUUUCACCAACGUUACGUGUAGAUGCUUGUUUUUUGGCCAGACCAUCUAUAUGUUACAUAUAACUUUGACCCACGUAUGGAAGUCUUGUGUGGCUGUUUUUUUUCCUUUUCAAUCAGGAAAAAAAAGAUUGGUUAGUCAAACAUAUCUGUUUUUUUUUCAUCCCUGUUACGUGUAGAUGCUUCUUUUUUGGCCAGACCAUCUAUAUGUUACGUAUAACUUUCACCCACGUAUGGAAGUCUUGUGUGGCUGUUUUUUCCUUUUCAAUCAGGAAAAAAAAAGAUUGGUUAGUGUCAAACAUAUCUGUUUUUUUUAUCCCUGGAGUUUUUAUGCAAGGAGAUUAGAUCUGAUUUUUUUUGUUUUCAUCGUUAGAGUUUUUAUAGAAGGAUAUUAUUCUUUUUUGAGGGAACCGUGGAGUCUUUCCUAGUUUAGUUUCACCAAAUUAUAACGUGUCAGAUGUGGUAUGUUUUUUUUUUCUAGAUGCGAUCUGUUUUUUUUUUCUUUUUCAGCGCCCAAUUUUUAUGGAAGGGGGCUAUCCUUUUUUAUGGAACCGUGGCUGAUUUUUUAUUCUUUCAACCAAUGUUGAACGUGAGGAAGGUGGACUACAAAUCUAACAUUUUAUCUAAUUGAUAUGGCCGCUCAGAUUUUUGUUUUUUUUAGGAAAUAGAGAGAGUCCCAAGGGAUCAAGACUUCCAUACGUUGUAGUUUGAGACAACAUAUCUUAUAUAUCAUUUGAUGGCUACGGAUAGAUUAUAUGUUAAUCCAACGGUCAAAAUUAUUUAAGUCUAAGAAUUAACCUGGUGCCUUGUAUGGUGCCUCCAAUUAGUAAAUAUAAUAUAUAAGAUAAAAUAUAAGAUAUAAGAUAUAUUAUAUGCCUGAUUUGAUCAUCCUCAUAAAGCCCAUGGUCUAACCUUUGACCUCCCUCCUUAAGAAAGGUCAAAUAUAUAGUUGAGUUUUUUUGUGUACGAUCGCACGCGCAAAAGAAAAAGAAAAAGGAAACCAAGGACUUUACUGAUGAUCUCGAGUUGCCAUCGUUCCGUUCAGGGGGAAAUAAGUCAAUUACGAGCUGCCACCACUAAAUAAUUGUCAAUUACGCGGUGGUAGCCGAUUCCAACAUUUCGUAUCAAGAAUUUCUGCGCAGGUGUUAGCUUGACUUUGACAAUGACACGACCCGGUAGCAGAAUAAUCCCAGUCCUAUAACAAGAGGCGCACAGACUCACAGAUGGACACAGGCCGGGGAGCAUUCGAGUUCAGCAAUGGAUCAAGCAGCAGCAGGCAAUGGCGUUACGUCUGGACCUCUCAAGCUGACGCUAACCAGACGGGUCCCCGGGCUGUUCGACCGGAAGCUGCAUGUCACCGACGGUAAGGGUAGCCUCGUGUUCCGCACGGUGAGCGUCCGCCCCGCCUUCAACUUCCGGCUCCGGACCGCGCUCGCCGACGCGUCAGGGAACCAUCUCAUGCGCUUCCGCAGGAAGUGGAUGGGUUCGCACCACGGGUGGCAAGUCUUCAGGGGCGAAAGCUUCGACCCCAACAAUCUCGCCUUCACGGUGGAGCCAGACAAGAGGUUUCAGAUCAACGCCACCAUGAAGCUCUUCCUGGCGGCCAACUCCACCAGGCAACGAUGCGACUAUCGUGUCCAAGGGAGCUUCCUCACGAAAUCUCUCAAGGUCUACAAGGGCGACUCUUAUCAGGUCGUUGCACAGAUGGUCAAGGAGAAGCCUGCUUUCAGCAUCGGAGGGAAGGGCUACACAAUAUCGGUGAAUCAGAACGAGGAUCUCGAACUGAUCCUUGUCUUCCUCGCGAUACGUCACGAGAAGUUCAGGGUCAGGAGGAUGAACCUGUACACCAUGGGCAUUGCUCAUGCUGUCAAUGCUGCUGCAGGUCUCUUCUUCUAAGCAGAUGUAUACUAACAUCAAGUCUUCUGCGCAAGCUGAGCUGCAGCGAGCAGAACUGAACACAGUCACGGCGUUCCUGCUGAAUAUAUGACCUUACACCUGCAAGUGUUCCUGUCUGAAUAUAUGAACUGAGCAAGUAGUUCCAUACACAUGUGCAUGCCAAGAAUAUCCAUCAUGUUCGUAACAUCAACACCAGUGGUACUUAAUCUGCA